UUGUGCUCCAUUUUCUGGUAUAAAUAUAGAAGCCAAUCUCAUCAAGACUAGAAAUCAAUCUCUCUCUCUCUCUCUCUCUCUCUCUCUCUCUCGCGGUAGAAUUCCAUUUCAGAAACCCUAUCUCCAGGGCUUUGAACCUGCUCCGAUGUCAGGCAUGCGAGUCACGAUCGAUGUCGGAACCGACGGAGUUGCAGUCAUCACGAUCUGCAAUCCUCCCGUCAACGCGUUAGCUCCUCAGAUUAUUGCGGGAUUGAAGGAGAAAUACACUGAAGCAUUGCGGAGAGAUGACGUUAAAGCGAUCGUUUUAACUGGCGAGGGUGGGAAAUUUUCUGGUGGCUUCGAUAUCAACGUUUUCCAGAUCAUCCACAAGACCGGAGAUAUUUCAAUUUUACCAGAUGUAUCUGUUGAACUUCUUAUCGACAUAGUUGAAGAUGCCAAAAAGCCUUCUGUUGCUGCUGUUCAAGGACUCGCACUCGGUGGUGGCUUAGAAAUGACAAUGGGAUGUCAUGCGCGAAUUGCUACUCCAGAAACUCAACUUGGCUUGCCAGAACUGUCACUGGGAGUUAUUCCUGGAUUUGGAGGUACCCAACGCCUCCCAAGACUGGUAGGGGUGUCAAAGGCUGUCCAGAUGAUGCUGUCAUCCAAGCCAAUAAAGGCCAAGGAAGGAAAGGAGCUAGGUCUUAUUGAUGCUAUUGUAUCCUCUGAAGAGUUGCUGAGAGUAUCGCGACUUUGGGCCUUAGACAUUGCUGAGAGGCGUAAGCCUUGGAUAUCUUCUCUUCGUAGAACUGAUAAACUUGGUUCCUUUUCGGAAGCACGUGAGGUAUUGAAAGCUGCAAGGCAACGAGCAAGACAAACUGCUCCAAACAUGCCUCAGCAUCAGGUGUGCCUUGAUGUGAUUGAGGAGGGCAUUGUUAAGGGAGGAUAUGCUGGUGUUUUGAAAGAAGCAGAAGCGUUCAAAGAAUUGGUUCUAGCAAGCACUUCGAAAGGUCUUGUUCAUGUCUUCUUUGCUCAACGUGCAACAUCAAAGGUACCGAAUGUAACUGAUAUUGGACUCAAACCACGGCGUAUACAGAAAGUUGCUGUAAUUGGUGGGGGUCUGAUGGGUUCUGGCAUAGCUACAGCUCUUAUCCUAAGCAAUAUACAUGUCGUUCUCAAGGAAGUAAAUCUGGAUUACCUGCAGAAGGGAGUGAAAAUGAUUGCAGCAAACCUGCGAGGCCAAGUUACCAAAGGAGUGAUGACAAAGGACAAGGCAGACAAGGCCAUGUCACUUCUUAAAGGUGUAUUGGACUACUCCGAGUUUAAACAUGUGGAUAUGGUCAUAGAGGCUGUUAUUGAAAAUGUUCCUCUUAAACAAUCAAUAUUUAGCGACCUCGAAAAGGUCUGCCCUCCUCACUGCAUUUUGGCGACAAACACGUCCACUAUUGAUCUCAAUUUAGUUGGAGAAAAGACGUCUUCUCAAGAUCGUAUCUUGGGAGCACACUUUUUCAGCCCUGCUCAUGUGAUGCCUCUCCUGGAAAUCGUGCGAACAGCGAAUACCUCGCCACAAGUGAUUCUUGAUCUCAUGACUGUUGGGAAGACCAUAAGGAAAGUUCCUGUUGUAGUCGGAAACUGCACCGGCUUUGCUGUUAACCGCACCUUCUUCCCAUACACUCAAGGAGCACAUAUACUGGCAAAUCUAGGAGUGGACGUAUUCAGAAUUGACAGAGCAAUCAGCAGUUUUGGCAUGCCGAUGGGCCCUUUCCAGCUUCAGGACUUGGCUGGAUAUGGAGUAGCAUUGGCGGUGGGGAAAGAGUUCGCUUCUGCCUUCCCAGAUCGCACUUUCCCGACUAUGCUUGUUGAUCUACUGGUGAAAAGUGGAAGAAACGGGAAAAACAAUGGAAAGGGAUACUAUAUAUAUGAAAAGGGAAGCAAGCCAAAACCUGAUCCUAGUGUUCAAGCAAUUAUUGAGGAGUCUAUACGGAUUUGUAACAUCAUGCCUGGUGGAAAGCCUAUAUCUGUGAGUGACCAAGAAAUUGUGGAAAUGGUUCUCUUUCCUGUCGUGAAUGAGGCGUGCCGAGUACUGGAUGAAGGAGUUGUUGUUCGAGCAUCAGACCUUGACAUUGCAUCUGUUCUUGGAAUGAGUUUUCCCACUUAUCGGGGCGGUAUUGUAUUCUGGGGAGACUCAGUUGGAUCUGGGUAUAUAUAUGAAAAACUCAAGAAGUGGGAACAAGCAUAUGGUGGAUUUUUUAAACCAUCCCAAUUUUUGGAGGAAAGAGCAAAGAAAGGCAUGGCUUUGAGCGCACCUUCUCCAUCUUCUCAAGGAUCAAGGGCACGCCUGUAAUGAAAGCUUCCAUCAUAGGUAUGCCAGAGUACCCUCAACACACCAGAUGUGGGAAAAUAAGGUGUUUUUUUUUUUUUCCUCCGUUUUUUCUGACUGAGGCUUUGAGAAAUCCCUCAAGGAAUAAAGAUGCACUUAAAAUGUUCUGUA